AUGUCAUUAACUGAUGCAAAGAGAUUGGACGAAAAUUUUCCAACUUUUAAAAAUGAGUUUUCCAUACCAACUUUUGGAUCUUUAGGUAUUAAAAAUGAGAAGUAUGAGUCAUCAACUGAGUCAAUCUAUUUAUGUGGAAACUCUCUUGGGUUGAUGCCUAAACAUACAAAGAAAGCUAUCAAUGAUGAAUUGAAUGCAUGGGUUGAACGGGGAGUGGAGUCACAUUUUAAUCAUCCCGACAAACUGUUAACACCAUGGGUAGACAUUGAUUUGCCCUUAUUGCCGCUAAUAGCCCCCAUUGUUGGAGCAAAGGAGAACGAAGUUGCGGUUAUGGGUUCUUUAACAGCAAACUUGAAUGCAUUGUUGAUCCAUUUUUACAAGCCUGAGGGGAAAAGAACCAAAAUUUUGUUUGAAAAACAAGCAUUUCCUUCUGAUUAUUAUGCAUUUUUGAACAUUGUGAAAUUAUUUGGAUAUGACGAGAAGCAUUUGAUUCAGUUGGAAGUUCAACCUGGUGAGACUUACAUCAAAACAGAAAGAAUAAUUGAGGCUAUAGAUGAGAACCUGGACGAAUUGGCUUUAGUGUGCUUUCCUGGUAUCCAGUACUAUACUGGUCAAUAUUUCAAGAUAGAGGAGAUAACCAAAUACGCUAAACAAAAAAACCAGCAAAUCAAAGUUGGGUGGGAUCUUGCUCAUGCAGUGGGAAAUGUGCCUUUGCAUUUACAUGAUUGGGGAGUAGAUUUUGCUGCUUGGUGUUCUUACAAGUAUUUGAACUCCGGGCCUGGGGCCAUAGGUGGAGUUUUUGUCCAUGAAAAAUACACCAAAGAGAAUAAUAAGAAUAAUUUUGUUCCCAGACUAGCUGGUUGGUGGGGGAAUAACUCUCAAGAAAGAUUUAAAAUGUUAGAAGAGUUUGAUCCAAUAAACUCUGCCCUUUCUUAUAGACAAUCCAACCCUUCUGUACUUGAUGUUGUGGCUGUGAAAUCGUCAUUGGAAGUGUUUGCUAAGGUGGGUGGAAUAACUAAACUUCGCGAGAAAAGUAUUGUCUUAACUCAAUUUUUGCAGGAUCUAUUGACAAAUUCAGAGUAUUACAUACAACAAUCUAGUACAGAAAACUCUAAGUUUGGCUUUAAGAUCUUAACUCCUUUGAAUUCUGCUGAAAGAGGAUGUCAAUUGUCUAUUAUGUUUCAACCACAUUUUGAUGAAAAGAAUAAGAACGUCAUGGAACGAGUUAAUGCGUACUUGCAUGAUCAUGCCAUAAUCUGUGACGAACGGAGACCAGAUGUAAUCAGAUUGGCCCCAUUGCCAUUGUACAAUACUUUUGAAGAGACUUUUAUUGCCGUCCAAAGGUUAUUUGAAGCUCUAGAUAAUAUCUCUAAAGAGUAUAUGUAA